AUGUCUCGUCGUACAGUUUCUCCCUCAGCCUCAUCCGCUUCGACAUCAUCACGUGGAGGUUCGCUCUGGUCCCACACUUCACAAUCAACUCACUCCAAUUCCACGGCUCCAACAUCGUUUGAAGCUUCUAAUGAUAAAAGAGUUGUAUAUUUCAAAGAAACUCCACGGGGUCCAAAGAAUUAUCGUGGAUUUGAGAGCGAGAGUGAGAAUGGUUUAGACAGCGGUUACGCAUAUGUUUCAGAAGAAUUGACGCCCCGUCACACUACUAAAAGCGAUAUUUCCUGGACCACCAAGGUAGCUCAGGAUGUGAUGAUCCACCUUGAGUUUGAUUGUAGCGAAGAUAUCGAGAGUCAUUUGGAGGAGCUCUCACGUUUGAAACGACUCGGGAGGUUUAAUGAUGCGAGACGAUACUUUGAGUCUUGUCGCACCUACUGUGGCAAUCAUCCGGAUCUUAUUAUUGAUUAUGUUGAUACCUUAUUGGCGCAAGGCGCGCUCAAGGAUGUUCUCGACUUUGUCACAAGUAAGGAUCCCCCGAUAUUGGCGGAAGACUGUGGCCAAACAUAUCAUCACUACUUGCAUUCUGCACUUUGUGUAGUAAAGGUCCUCACUCUAGGAUGGCUAGAAGAUGCAGUCAUAGAGUGGAGACAGGCAAAAUCAGACAUGAUUUCGGAGUUGAAGAAAGACUUUGUCGAGCUGAGUUCACUUCAGAUACGAUUCCUCUGCCAUUUCGUGUAUCUAGAAACGACAUAUGUCAAAUUCAUGGGCUCAUUGCAUCCUAGUCCUGGAUUUGACAUCAUCUGGGAGUCAAAUUGGGUCGAGUUAUAUGCAUAUCUCCUCCGUAGAAACCGAGUUUGGGAUAUGCGAGACAUUUUCCAUCAGGUUCUGAAUGCUUCUGGUGUCAAACGUGCGAUAGGUUUGUUUUUUGGGACUGGAGUUAGUGUAGAUGAUUCUAUCGACAAAUUCGUCAGUGAAUGGACGCAAGAUGGUGAUGAAUCUACCGAGCUCGCUAUGCUCGAUGUGUUAGUCACAGUUGGUCUUCAAUUAUGUCCACCUAAUGGCCCUGUCGAUGGAGCAGCUAAGCAAACAAUCAAUCAAUGCAUGGAAUAUGCCCGAAGAAUUGCGACUUCCAUUAGAGAAAGAUGUCCCACAAGCAUCAAGUCUAGCUCUUAUUUGCUGUGGAUCUUGGCCGAGGUUAGCUUGGCGGAAACAUUGGGCGAAAAGGAGAAAUCGUCAUCAAAUUCAUGUCCUGACAAUUCCGAUGGAUUUUUAUUUUUCGUCGAUCGUCUUCCGAUUUACGUGCCUCGAGCUUCGGAAACUUCGAGUUGCAGAAUUACACCACAUUCAAAACAGUGCAAUGAGUUACUAAGUCUCGGGUUAAACGCUGCCCGGGACCUUGGCGAUUAUGAUCUCGAAGUCUCUUACCUAGAAGAGCUUGUGUACAAAUCAGGUGUUCCGCAAUUAUAUUUACCCGAUCUGAUAGGGCUGCAGAAAAAUGUUAUAGGGAACAAGUCUGGUUAUUUAGGUGCAUGUUUAGCCAAGUAUCUUUGGGCAACGGAGCAAGAAACUCGGAGAGAAUUGAGCAAUGAACUAAGUGAAAUCGACCGACAAGAUACUUCCGCAGAUCGGUAUGGGGACCCCAUCCUAAAAUGGUUCCAGAGAAAGAUUCAACUGGCACUGUGUUCUUCCUUUGGUGGCUCUAAAGAGCUGCAAGAUCUAUUCUCGUGGAUAGAGAAGUCAGCCUUUUAUCGAAUGCCUGAAGAAUACCGCGACCAGUAUCAGCAGUUCCAUAGCAAGCUACGUACUGAUGACUAUUAUUUGGGUGGAAACAGUAUUACAAAAUACAACGGAAAGUAUAAAACUUCAGAGCCAUGCCAGCUGACCGGUAAACCCAAUGAGUACAAUGCUAGAAACGCAGAACCGAAACCGGAAACACACAGAUCCUCAUAUCCAAAUACUCUGCAAAGGCCUCGAAACAAACUAGACCAAGAUUCAAGCCCACAACGGGGAGAAAUUGUCGAAUUUCAUCAAAGUCAUCACCCUGUUCCAAAAACAAAAUCGGACCUACAAUAUUUAUUAGAUGAACCAGAAUACCCCAGAAGAGAUCUGGGCUCUAACAUAGCCUCUACGCCAUAUUUUCGUCGCCGCCAGUUUGACCUUACGACGAGCACAAAUUCAAGGCACAUGAGCCCAUUACCUUAUCGAAACCGUAGAUGGCACAGAAGCCCAUCCCCUGAUCGAUACCAUAGACUGCACAGAAGCCCAUCACCUGAUCGAUACCGUAGACUGCACAGAAGCCCAUCCCCUGAUCGAUACCAUAGACUGCACAGAAGCCCAUCACCUUAUCGAUACCUCAAUACAGAAUUUCAGCAGGUCAUUCUUUCUGGUCUUCUAGGCUCGCGUGAGCUAUAUGUUGAACGAAGCGGGAGAAGGCUCCGUUCUCCGUCUCCAAGCGACAAGAGAAAUGAAAUUCGAAGUGUUGAACCAGAAAGUACGAGUGGUAAAUCCGUCCCACUUGAUACAGCUAAGGAAGUGAAGAAGGAUGAAGAUCCCGACGAUAGAUCUUCAAAGUUAUCUGAAGAAUGCCAUAACAAGUCGCAAGCAGCUCAUGUUGAAAAAGCAGAGUCGAGUUCAGAUUCGGAACACUCGUCAAAGGCUGAUUGA